UUUGAGACUGGCAAAGGAUGUGGCGGUGGUAAGGUCGGGGACCUAGAUAGUCAGACUUUGCUCUGGCACUUGACAGUCUCAUCGCAACCGCCGAUUCUCCAUCAGCGCACACAACGAGCAGCACCUCACCGUGUUGGCAUUGCAAUCAAUUCAUUUGCCAACGACUACUUUUCAAGUUCUUCUCGGUUCACCCAUACACCUAAGGACAGCAUCUUACGAUGGAUAGAAACAAGAAGGAUGAUUCCCGCGAUGUUUCGGAAGACGAUUCGUCGAUCAAUCCCACUCAAGAUGUACACGAAACGAGUCAACGAGAUUACCAAUAUCAGCAUCCAACAAGCCGGACUCCUUCACCUUGCUUAUCGACAACAUCAACAUCCGGCUCGUCAUGUAUCAUGGACGAGCAGCAGCAUCACUGCGACAAGUUGAUGGGUAAUGGGCAACAACAGCAACCAGAGACGCAAAGCUACAUUUCACUUUACGGGCCUCAACCGGCGGGGCCUUCUUCUACAAGCGGCUAUCCACCACUUCCAUUCCCUGUUUCCAUGCUAGGUGGAUCGUUCCAGCUUCCGUUGCCCAUGUCGUAUUCGGUUGGAUCUACUGGAAAAACGAGCCAUCUUACCCAGCAUCAACAAUACGCCAAUGGAGUUUCUGUGUCAACCACUCAUGGCAUUACGACUCCGAAUAACAGCACUAGUAGCAGUAGCAGUAUUACCACUGUUAGCACAAUGGCAGUUCCUUCCAGGCCGACAGAAAACAAUGGAGCCAGCAGCAAAAAUGCCAUUCCUGGAUUGACUUGUCUGGUUUGCGGAGAUUCAAGCUCGGGAAAACACUACGGCAUUCUAGCUUGUAAUGGAUGUAGUGGUUUUUUCAAACGAAGCGUACGCCGUCGUCUUAUCUACAGAUGUCAAGCCGGUAGCGGCCACUGCGUCAUCGAUAAGGCACAUCGUAACCAAUGUCAGGCAUGCCGUCUAAAAAAGUGCCUACAAAUGGGAAUGAAUAAGGACGCUGUUCAAAACGAACGUCAACCUCGCAACAGCGCGACGCUUCGACCGGAAGUUUUGGCCGAAAUGGAUCACGAGAGGAUCAUUCGAGAAGCCGCCGCAGCUGUUGGAGCUUUCGGGCCUCCCGUUUCGCUGGCCAUGGGUCUGGCUUCAGCUGCGGCUCAUGCGCAUUAUGUCAAUGGAAUGGUUGGUGGACGGGGCGAUGGACACCAUUAUCCAACCGCUGCUUUACACGCCGCUGCCGCUGCUGCGGCGGCUGCAGCCUCUUCUGCAGCAGCGGCCCAGCGAGCAGAGAUUGAACGAGAAGAAGUCGAUCGUGAACGGGGUACGUCUUCCGGGGAUGGUGAAAGAACACCAAGCGCCGUUGAAGGUAGUCCGUCGCCAUCUGCUCCUCCACCCCGAAAAUUGGCUCGCAUCGAGGGAGCAUUCCAUCAUUUUGGUGUCAGCCAAUUUCAUCGAUCUACAUCCCCACAGCAGAUGCAACAGCAAUCUAUUACACAUGCACCUCCGUCGGCUUCUUCUCUUGCUUCCAUUCCACACGCUCAUCCACCACCUCUAGCCCCAGUGGUUCCAGGCCCAAUGCCUCCACUUUCCACGAUUGUCUCAAGCAACAAUGGCGGAUGGUAUCAAAGUGAUCCCCAGCCACAGCAAAAACAACAACAGCAAACGUCUACUGCGACAUUCCUCGCUACCUUUCAACCACAGGACAAUGUGUACGAAACUGCUGCCCGUUUGCUUUUCAUGGCCGUCAAAUGGGCUAAAAGCUUGCCGUCGUUUGCAGGUCUUCCCUUUCGCGAUCAGGUAAUCCUACUUGAGGAAUCAUGGAGUGAACUUUUCCUUAUCUGCGCUGUUCAGUUUUGUUUGCCAAUGGACAACAAUCCGCUCUUUUCACUGGCCAAUUUCACUCAAUCGCAAGUGGCAACCUUAGGGAGUGGCAAUGGUGGUGGAAAUAAUGUUGGCACCAACAAUAAGAGCUCGCAGCAAACCAGCACUGAUUUGCGCUUCCUCGGAGAGUUAGUUACGCGAUUUCGUGUCGUGUCGGUUGAUCCAGCCGAGUUUGCAUGCCUCAAAGCCAUCAUCUUAUUUAAAUCAGAAACACGAGGAUUAAAGGAUCCCAUGCAAGUCGAAAAUCUACAGGAUCAGGCACAGGUGAUGCUAAAUCAACACAUUCGCAAUCAACCAUUGCAACGGCCUGCCCGUUUCGGUCGGCUUCUUCUCAUCCUACCCCUACUUCGCCAUGUUACUGCCCACAGAUUAGAACAGUUGUAUUUUCGCCAUACUAUUGGCUCCACUCCUAUGGAAAAGGUUCUUUGCGACAUGUACAAAAAUUAAACUAGUUUUCUGGCACAAUUUAAGACAAUUGGAGAUCGUCUAUGAACGAGUCUGUCAAGAUCGCUUGUAACGUUAUCCCAUAACAGUUCCAUAUAUACAUUUUGAUCCUCCGCAGGAUAAAAAGUUCGGUCGCUUUUUAACAUAGAAUGGAAAAAAAACUAAAAUAAAAAAAAACUUUUAUGUAUAUUUAAACUCAGUCAAUGUUCGUGACCACCUUAAUGUUAGUUAUUUUAUUUAUUUUCAAUCGGAUCGAUAAUUUACUGUAUACAAGCUUCUUAAUAUUAGAAGGCUUUAAAAUAUGCUUCUGUUUGUGUUGUAUUGAAAUUUGUCUAGUGUGCCCUUAUUU